GCUCACCCUCUCCUCCCCUUCGUCUCCUCGCCUCACCCCUCUCUCUCUCUCUCUCUCUCUCUCUGGAUGCCAGCAGCUUCUAGACAUGGAGCAGACGACAGUCACACACCAACCCGGACUGUCAGUCACCAAACACUCACCAUCAGCCUUCGUGGAGGAGGACGCGGGGGGCCUCGCCACAGGAAGUGAAGCCAACCGCAGGUCAAUCGACGCCCCUGCAGCGACAGACCCAAUACUCACACAGCCGGGCCUCGGCGUCACCACGACAACCAUCACCACCAUCACGCAGACGGGGGGAGGCUGGAGCUCGGGCUUGUUCGACAUCUGUGGAGACAAGACCUCAUGUGUUCUUGGGGCCCUGGUGCCAUGUUGUUUGGACCUGAGUUUGGCUCACCAGUACGGCGAGUGUCUGUGGACGCCUCUCUUGCCGGGAUCCACGUUUGCCAUGCGCGUCGGGAUCAGAGAGCGGUACAAGAUAAGGGGCUCUGGACGUGUCCCUUGCUGCGUUGUCUCGUCUGCUUCCUCUCUGCGUGUGUGUUUCUGUGUGCGGCCCGUGCGCGUGUGUCCACAGGGGAGCGUGUGUGAGGACUGGACCACGGUGUGCUGCUGUUACCCGCUGGCUGUGUGUCAGAUGAUAAGAGAGAUGAAGCGGAGGAUGAAGACUCAGACGUAUCAUGUGUCCACUGCCCUUGAGUGCUCCUGAGGAAGCUCGAGACAGUAAAUGAGGCUUUCCCUUCUUACAAUGCAACGGAGAGCGGCGAGGACCUGCUGAGAUUACUGGUCCGAACAGGGAGAAGAAUCGAUACCAUAAGGUUUGAACUUACUCUCAAGUCCCCCCCCGAGGACGCCUUGGACAAUAAAUCAAGCCUGCGACGUUUCACAGAGGACCGGAGAGGGUGAACCUUGAUUAAUAGGGUAAACAUUCACAACUUAAACCUUCUUUUAAACUGCUUGUGUUUCGAGAGGACACCACGACUAUAUUCUACUUUUCUUUCAGAGGCAAUGGUUUGUUAAGUAAAAGGUGGUGAGACUCAUGUUUAUUUGUUUUUUAUUGUGAGCAAAUAGCACUGAACAUCUGAUGUAACUCUCAGUCAAAUACCAACAAAUUAAAAAUAUAAUAUUUUAUUUCAUUUCCAA